AUGGUGGUUCUGGCCCUGACACUCCUUGUAGAUGCAGUUGCUGUGUACUUACUGGGCAGUGUGCUGUGGGUGAUCUGCAGACACUUAUGGACUGAACACAUCCCUGAAGACGUCACUCACCCCAUGAGGCUGCGAGUCCUCAGUUGCCUUCUCCAGCUGUCACUGACAUGGGGAAUGCUUUUUGAGAAACUGGGACUCUGUUAUGCACCCCAGUUUGCCAGUUUUCUGCAUGAUCUGAUGCCACUCAAAAAAGAUCCUGAUGUUGUGGUCAAAGAUGUUCACUUUGAGACAAUUCCUGUGAAGCUAUACAAGCCCAAGAAACCCUCCUCCGUUCCAAGAAUUGGAAUCAUUUUCUUCCAUGGUGGUGGAACCAUCCUAGGGAGCUUAAGAACCCACCACAGUAUAUGCUUGCGUUUGUCCAAGGACUGUGACGCUGUUGUCAUUUCAGUUGGAUACAGAAAGUCUCCCAUGUACAAGUAUCCAGUGAUGAAAGAUGACUGUGUGGCCGCCACCACCCACUUUCUGAGAUCACUGGAUGUGUAUGGAGUGGAUCCAGAUCGUUUGGUAGUCUGUGGUGACAGUGUAGGAGGGACUGCAGCUGCUGUGACUAGUCAAAUAGUAGUGCACCGAAAAGAUCUCCCCCAAAUCCGGGCUCAGAUUUUGAUCUACCCCUCACUGCAAUUGGUAGAUUUUGGGAGCCCUUCUUAUCAACAGAAUUUCAAUGUCCCACUGCUCACUUUGAAUCUAGCCUUGUACUGCUUCUGUUGCCACCUAGAUGUGAAGCUUUCCUGGCAAAGUGUCAUAAAGAGUGGUAGGCAUUUGCCUCCAGAAAUCUGGGAGAAAUACAGAAAGUGGUUGGGUGUAGAAAACAUCCCAGAGAGGUUUAAGAAGCCAGGCUACAAACCUAUACCUCGGGGGCCGGUGAAUAACGAGGCUUACCAAGAAGUAAAAACUGCACUGAACGACACUUGCUCACCCCUCCUCGCAGAAGACAGUUUAGUGUCUCAGCUCCCAGAAACCUGCAUUGUGAGCUGUGAGUAUGACCUUUUUCGGGACCAUUCUCUCUUAUAUAAGAAGAGGCUGGAAGAUCUAGGGGUGCCUGUGACAUGGCAUCAUAUGGAGGAUGGCUUCCAUGGAGUGCUUAACACCUUUGAGUUCGGAUUUCUGAGCAUCCCUUGCUCCUUGAGAAUUAUGGACCUGAUUAUCCAGUUCAUUAAAAAAAUCUGA